CAUUUUUUCUAGCCGGCUGGAUGUCGUAAGAGGCAGGCAGAUCUGGGAGCACCUCCCCUGUUAAGUAGCAGAUUGUGUGGAGAGUCUUCCCACUUGGAAAGAGGCUCUCCGACGCGUCUGGGAACCAAAAAGCCCUCUGAGCUUCUCUGACUCUGACUUCAACACCGGACCACCUCACAAACCCUUCUUCUCACAGAGACUUAAACCUUUUUUUUAUUUUUAAUUUCUUGAACCAAACCAAAGAAAUUCGACAGUCUCCUCUAUAGCUUCAUUCAUGUGCUGCUGAGCCAGAAGGAGCUGAAGAUGAAGAGCAGGCUGUCUCUGGUGGCUGCUGCCCUCCUGGCACUGCUGCUGUCCUCCUCUCAGGCCCAGGAUCAAGUCGACCCUCCGUCAGAUUUGAGGUUUAAGAUUUUAAAUGAGAACACGGUGCAAAUGAUCUGGAGCAAACCACAGUCGAGGAUACAGGGCUACAGAAUACAAGUGACCUCAGACACAGGAGAAAUAACAAAAGAACUUACUCUGCCUGCAUCUGCGACUAAGACCUCCAUCUCAGACCUGAGUCCAGAUGUGGUCUAUAUUGUAACGAUAUCUGCGUACGCCGGAUCAGAGUUGAGUCUGCCCAUCUCCGGCCAGAUCACACUUGAAUCAAGUGGCGGCACAAGAGGAACUUCCAAGAAACCAGACCCUUCAGAUUCAGUCAAAUGCUCUUUCAGUGCCAUCGCCGACGUGGUGUUCUUGGUGGACGGCUCCUGGAGCGUCGGCAGGCCCAACUUCAAACACGUCCGCAACUUCAUCUCAGCGGUGGCCGGCGCCUUUCAGAUCGGAGAGGAAAAGACCCGGGUGGGCGUGGUCCAGUACAGCAACGACGCCCGAACAGAGUUCAACCUCAUUCAACACCUGACCCGCUCGGCGCUGCUCCGCGCCAUCGGCUCGCUGCCGUACAAAGGAGGAGACACCUUGACAGGCGAUGCCCUCGAUUACCUCCUGAAGAACACUUUCACCGAGGCGGCCGGUGCCAGGAAGGGUUUUCCCAGAGUGCUGGUGAUCAUCACGGACGGCAAAUCUGAGGAUCCAGUGGAGAGUUACGCCAAGCAGCUCCAGAGCAGGGGCGUGGAGAUCUUUGUCCUCGGCGUCCAACAGGCGGAUGAAGAGGAGAUGAAGCUGAUGGCCUCAGAGCCGUACACAAGUCACGUCUACAAUGUCGCCAACUUUAACUCGAUCAAGAAUGUGCAGAAAGAGAUCAUCACUCAGGUGUGCGCUGGCGUUGACGAUCAACUCGGCUCACUCGUCAGCGGAGAAGAAGUCGUUGAGCCAGCCUCCAACCUCCAAGUCGUGGAAGUGGCCUCAAAGUCCGUGCGGUUGUCCUGGGACGCCUCCAUCGGAGAGAUUUCCGGAUACAAGGUGCAGAUGAUCCCCAUGAUGGCCGGCAGCAAGCGGCAGGAGCUGUACGUGGGCCCGACCCAGACCUCGGUGGUGGUCCGAGACCUUUCUGCAGACACAGAGUACCAGAUCAAUCUGUUCGCCCUGAGGGGCCUGACGCCCAGCGAGCCCGUCACGGUCAUGCAGAAGACGCAGCCACUUAAAGUAUCAGUGGAGUGCUCUCUUGGCGUUGACGUUCAGGCCGACGUCGUCCUCCUGGUUGACGGUUCCUACAGCAUCGGUCUGGCUAACUUUGCUAAAGUGAGAGCUUUCCUGGAGGUGCUGGUUACCACCUUUGACAUCGGGCGAGAUAAAGUCCAGAUCAGCUUGGUCCAGUACAGCCGGGACCCCCACACCGAGUUCCAACUGAACACUCAUCACGACCUUGCUGCCGUGGUCAAGGCCGUGAGGACCUUCCCGUACCGCGGCGGCUCCACCAACACCGGCAGGGCCAUGACCUACGUGAGAGAAAAGAUCUUCCAGGCCACCAAAGGAGCGCGCCCCAACGUUCCCCGCGUCACCAUCCUCAUCACUGAUGGGAAGUCGUCCGACGCCUUCCAGGAGCCCGCCACCAAGCUGAGGAACGCUGACGUGGAGGUCUUCGCGGUGGGCGUUAAGGACGCUGUACGAACUGAGCUGGAGGCCAUCGCCAACGAGCCCGCAGACACCCAUGUGUACACCGUCGAGGACUUUGACGCCUUCCAGAGAAUUUCCAAAGAACUCACGCAGUCCAUCUGCCUGAGGAUCGAGCAAGAGCUUCGCAAGAGACGACUGACCCAACCGAGGGCCCUGACCUUCUCAGAGGUCGGCACCAGGAGCAUCAGGACCUCCUGGGAGAUCGACGCCUCCAACGUCGAGUCCUACUUGGUUCAGUUCAGGCCGGCGGACGACGUUAACGGGCACUAUGUGUCCAUGUCUGUCCCCAGGGACGCACUCACCAGCGUCCUCCCCCACCUCUCCCCACUCACCCGCUAUGAAGUCAACGUUUAUGCUCAGUAUAACAAAGGGGACAGCCUGCCUGUGACCGGCUACGAGACCACGUUAGAAGAACUCGGCUCCGUGCAGAACCUGAAAGUAUCCGAAGAGACCAUCGACAGCUUCCGAGUGUCGUGGCAGCCGGCGCCGGGAGACGUCACUCGCUACCAGUUGACCUACGAACCGGCAGGGGAUGAGAGCGCGAGGCUGGAGACGACCACUGUCGGCACCGAGACCUCGAUCGUGCUGCAGGAACUUCUACCCAAAACCAGAUACCGCGUCACCGUCACUCCUGAGUACCCGUCCGGCUCCGGAGUCCCGCUGCAGAAUGAUGGCACCACCAAAGAAGCCAAAGGUUCCCCUCGUGACCUGAGGGUUUCCGACGAGACCGUGUCCUCCAUGAAGGUGUUCUGGGAGCCGGCUCCAGGUAACGUGCUCCAUUACCGCGUGGCGUACAGGCCCUCCGCCGGCGGCCCAAAGAAGGAAAUGUCGGUGAAGGGCGACAACAAGGCCGCCAUCCUGAAGAACCUGCAGCCGGGAACCCAGUACGACGUCUUCGUCAGCGCACGAUACCCGUCCGGCCUGGGCGACGCCCUGGAGGGACGAGGCACCACGCUGGAAGAGGUGGGAUCCCCUAAAAACCUGGUCACCAGCGACGUCACCGACUCCAGCUUCGCAGCGUCCUGGACGGCGGCACCUGGGAACGUGCAGACGUACCGCGUUCGAUGGAAGUCGCUGUUCUCGGAGGAGGUCGGGGAUAAAACGGUGCCGGGACACGAGACCAACACCGUGCUGGACGGUCUGAGUCCGGAGACGCUCUACCAAGUUUCUGUGGUCGCCGCCUACGACCAGAAAGACAGCGAACCGCUCACUGGGCAGGAAACCACUGAUGCCUCUGCUGCAGGUAAAAAGUUGACCGUGUCGGACGAGACCGAACGGACCAUGAAGGUCACGUGGACGCCGGCGCCGGGGAAGGUGACCCACUACCGGUUGAAAUACUUUCCCGUCACCGGAGGGAAAGAAGUGGCGCUCAAGAUCCCCGGGACGACCACCUCCUCCAUCAUGAAGCGCCUGCAGCCCUCGACCACGUACAACAUCACCGUUCACCCCAUCUACAAGCGCGGGGAAGGAAAAGCAAGGCAAGGAGUAGGAACGACAUUGUCGCCCUACAAGGCUCCCAGGAACCUCCAGACCUCAGAGCCCACCAAGAACAGUUUCAGAGUCUCCUGGGAUCACGCACCCGGAGAAGUUAAGGGCUACAAAGUGACCUUUCACCCCGAUGGGGAUGAUAUUGACCUGGGGGAGCUCCUGGUCGGCCCCUACGAUAACACAGUCGUUCUAGAGGAACUUAGGGAAGGAACAAAGUACUCGGUCUCUGUGUUUGGGAUGUUUGACGGAGGGGAGAGUAUGCCUCUGGCGGGAGAGGAGAAGACGACCCUCAUCGGCGCUACCGAGCCGCCUACCCUCGACCCCUCAGCAGAAACUCAGUGUAAGACCACGGCGAAGGCCGACCUCGUGCUGCUGGUCGACGGCUCCUGGAGCAUCGGACGCAUCAACUUCAGGACCAUCCGCAACUUCAUCACUCGCAUGGUCAGCGUGUUCGAAAUCAGCCCUGACAGAGUCCAGAUUGGUCUGGCUCAGUACAGCGGAGACCCGAAGACCGAGUGGCACCUGAACGCCCACCCGACCAAGGCGUCCCUGCUGGACGCCGUCAACAACCUGCCGUACAAAGGAGGCAACACCAUGACAGGAAUGGCUCUGAACUACAUCCUCCAGAACAACUUUAAAACCAACGUGGGGAUGCGUCCCGACUCCCGCAGAAUCGGCAUCCUGAUCACUGACGGAAAGUCGCAGGACGAAAUCAUCUCCACCUCGCAGAACCUGAGAGACAACAACAUCGAGCUCUACGCAGUCGGUGUGAAGAACGCCGACGAGAACGAGUUGAGGUCCAUCGCCUCUGACCCCGACUCCAUUCACAUGUACAACGUCCAGGACUUCAAGUUCCUGGUGGACAUCGUCGACGACCUCACCACCAACCUGUGUAACAGCGUCAAAGGUCCAGGAGGAGAACUGGAGGCGCCCACAGACCUGGUGACCUCGGAGCCGACCCACCGCUCCUUCCGUGCCACCUGGACGGCGCCCGGCGGCCCCGUCGACAAGUACCGCGUCACCUACGCGAUGGCGGCUGGAGGACCUACUGAGGAGGUGAUGGUCGACGGCUCGGUGAACACCGUAGUGCUGGAAGGCCUGAACUCCCUCACCGAGUACCUCGUCAAUGUCUACUCCGUGGUCAACGAGAUGAGCAGCGAGCCUCUGAGGGGCACCAAGACCACCUUGCCGCUGUCAGCAGUGACGAACAUGAUGGUUUACGACGAGACCUCGAGCACCAUGAAGGUGAGCUGGGACGAGGCCGACGGAGCCACAGGCUACAUGCUGCUGUACAAAUCCAUCAACGCCACCGAGCCUCAGCUGGAGCAGGAGGUUCGUGUUGGAGGAGAUGUGACUGCCAUCCAGCUGGAGAAGCUGAUCCCCAACACAGCGUACUCCAUCUCACUUUAUGCUCUGCAUGGAGAGGCUGCCAGCGAUCCUCUGGAGGGGACAGGAGUCACCUUGCCUGUACCUAGUGCCGGCGCCCUGACUAUCACUGAUGUCACUCACAGCUUCAUGAAGCUCACCUGGGACGCUGCUCCUGGAUCCGUCAUCAAGUACAUGAUCACCUACAAGCCAGAGGAGGGAGACCUGAAGGAGGACGAAGUCAACGGUGACAUCACCACGCUGGACCUGUCCAGCCUCCUCUCCCAGACUGAGUACGACGUGGCCGUCACCCCGUUCUACGACGAGGGACCCGGAUCCCCGAUGCUCCAAUCUGCCAUCACAGAUGUUGUUCCCGCCCCCAAAAACCUGCAGUUCUCUGAAGUGACCCAGACCUCGUUCAGAACCACCUGGGAGCACGGGGCCCCCGACGUGGCCCUCUACCGCAUCGGCUGGACUAAGAAGGGGGAGCAGGACCCCAAGUCUGCCAUCCUGAAUAGCUUCGAGACCUCCCACGUCCUGCCGGACUUGGACCCCGACACGGAGUACUCCGUCACCGUCACGGCCAUCUACCCCGACGAGUCGGAGAGCGAGGACCUGAUGGGAAAAGAGCGCACAUUGUUAACGGCUCCACUUGUGCCCGCUCAGCCUCCUCGAAACUUGAGGGUUUUCAACGCCACCACCUCCUCGCUAGCGGUGAAGUGGGACGCCGCCCCCGGCGCCGUCCAGAAUUACAAGAUCACUUAUAAACCCGCCACUGGAGGCGAGCCUCUCUCAACGCAGGUUGGAGGCAAGAAGACCAGCGUCGUCCUGCAGAAGCUGGAGCCCGACACCCAGUACUCCGUCACCGUGGCCGCCGUCUACCCCAACGGCGUCAGUAGAGACAUCAGUGGCGAAGGACAAACCAAGCCUCUGGGUGGAGUGAGGAACCUGCAGGUGUUGAACCCCACCAUGACCACCCUGAACGUACGCUGGGAGCCCGCCGACGGCCGAGUGAAGGAGUACAAAGUCAUCUACAUUCCCGCCGCCGGAGGAGCAGAGAGCAUGGAAACCGUGUCUGCAGGAACGACCAACACCCUCCUGAGAAGCCUGCAGCCCGACACCCUCUACACCGUCUCUCUGGUGCCGGUUUACGCCAGCGGAGAGGGAAAGAUGAUGUCUGAGAACGGAAAGACGAGGCCACUGGGAGGAGUGAAGAACCUGCGGGUGAUGGACCCCACCAUGACCUCUCUGGCGGUGAAGUGGGACCCGGCUGACGGAGCCGUUCGCCUCUACAAGGUCUUCUUUGUACCGACCGCUGGCGGCCCGGAGGAGAUGGAACAAGUUCCUACAGGAACCACCAACAUCAUCCUCAGGAACUUGCUGCCCGACACGCCGUACAAAGUGUCGGUGUUACCGGUCUACCCGGCCAGGGAGGGGAAACGCCAGUCAGAGAACGGAAAGACACUGCCUUUGGGCGGCGUGGGAACCAUGACGGUGACCAACCCGACCAUCACCACUCUCACCGUGAACUGGAGUCCUGCUGACGGCAACGUUCAGGGCUACAAAGUCAUCUACGUUCCUGUAGAUGGAGGAAUUACGCUUAUAGAGCAAGUGUCGGAGAGCACCACCAAAACCGUCCUGGAUAAGCUUCAACCGGACACCCGCUACACCGUCACCGUGGUCCCCGUCUACGCCGAGGGAGACGGACCGAGCCUGAAUGAAAACGGGAAGACUAAACCGCUGGGUUUCGCGAGGAACCUGCAGGUCACCGAUCCCACCACCAGCACCCUGAACGUCCGCUGGGAGCCCGCCGAAGGAAACGUACGCGAGUACAUCGUGACCUGGGUGCCCGCCGCCGGAGGAGACCAGGAAGUGGACCAGGUGUCCGGAUCCACCACCACCACCGUCCUGAAGCAGCUGGAGCCCAACACCGAGUACACCGUCUCCGUGGUGCCGAUCUACCACGAGAUGGAGGGCCAGUCGCGCUCCGCUAACGGGAAGACGAAUCCUUUCGGUGGAGUGAAGAACCUGAAGGUGAUCGAUCCGACCAUCAGCACCCUGACGGCCCGUUGGGAACCGGCGGUGGGAAACGUCCGCAACUACAAGGUCUUCUACGCCGCUCAACCCGAUGGAGAAGAACGAAUGGAGGAGGUGUCAGGAGGCACCACCACCACCAUCCUGAGGAACCUGGAAUCAGACACCGUCUACAGAGUGGCUGUUGUUCCCGUGUACCCGGACGUGGAGGGAAUACGGCAGGCCAAGACGGGAAAGACAAAGCCUCUGGGUGGCGUGAAGAAUCUUCAGGUGACCGACCCGACCACCAACUCUCUGAGGGUCCGCUGGGAGCCGGCGGAGGGCGACGUCAGGCAGUACCACAUCAUCUACGUCCCCAGCGGCGGAGGAGCCAAGAGCAUGACUCAGGUAUCUGGUAUGUCGACCAACACGGUGCUGAGAGACCUGCGGCCGGACACCGAGUACAAAGUGACGCUGGUGCCCGUUUACUCCGACACGGAGGGGAAACGCUCGACGGAAAAUGGAAAGACAAAGGCUCUGGGCGGCGUGAAGAAUCUGCAGGUCACCGACCCCACCACCAGCUCCCUCAAGGUGCGCUGGGAGCCGGCGGAGGGCAACGUCCGCCAGUAUCGCCUCUUCUACGUUCCUUCAACCGGAGGCGCCGAGGACAUGGAGCAGGUGUCGGGCGGCACCACCAACACCGUGCUGAAGAACCUGCUGUCGGACACUCCCUACACCGUGACCGUGGUCCCGGUUUACCCAGAGGGAGAAGGUCUACGCCAGUCCGACGAUGGAAAGACACUCCCACGCAUGCCACCCAGGAACAUCCAGGUGUACAACCCCUCCCCCAACAGCCUGAACGUGCGCUGGGAGCCCGCCUCGGGCCAGGUCCAGCAGUACCGGGUGGCGUAUUCCUCCCUGUCUGGAGUCAGACCCGUCGUCGAGUCGGUCCUGGUUCCAGGAAAUACUAACAACGCCUUCCUGGACAACCUGAUCCCAGAUACUCCGUACUCGGUCACCGUCUCGGCUCUGUACGCCGACGGAGAGGGAUCGCCGAUCAACAGCAAUGGCAAAACACUGCCGCGUGCCGGUCCCAGGAACAUGCGUGUGUUUGAACCCACCACCAGCACCCUCACCCUCAGCUGGGACCAUGCAGAGGGUCCCGUCAGGCAGUACAAGAUCUCCUACGCCCCCAUGACCGGAGACCCCAUCACCGAGUUCACGGUGGUUCCCGGGAACAGAAACAACGCCAGGCUGCAGAACCUGCUCCCCGACACCCCGUACAACAUCACCAUAGAGGCCGUCUACGCCGAGGGUCCCGGAGGGUCGCUCAAUGGAAACGGACGUACAAUCGGGAUGUUGAGUCCCAGGAACCUGCGUGUCUCAGAUGAGUGGUACACCAGGUUCAGGGUGGCCUGGGACCCAGUAUCAGCUCCAGUCCAGGGAUACCGACUCAUCUACGCUCCUGCAGGCUCGGACCAGCCCGUAGACUUCUUUGUGGGCGACGUGACGUCGUACACGCUGCACAACCUGCUGCCUGGAACCACCUAUGACCUGAAAGUGAUCGCUCAGUACUUCGGCGGCGCGAGUGGACCGCUGCCAGGGCAGGGAACCACACUCUACCUGAACGUGACCAACAUCGAGACGUACGACGUCGACCACGACAAGUUCUGCAUCAAGUGGACCGCUCACAGGGCGGCCACGUCCUACCGCAUCAAGCUCCACCCAGCGGACCCCUCCAGUAACGGACAGCAUGAGAUCACCAUCCCCGCCGGUGUGCCUCAGUACUGCUUCGACGGACUUUCUGAGGACGCUCUGUACACCGCCACCGUCUUCGUUCAGACGCCGAACCUGGAGGGUCCAGGAGUCAGCGCCAAAGAGAGAACAAUGGUGAAGCCAACUCCAGUUCCAACGCUCCCACCGACCCCAGCGCCUCCUCCCACCAUCCCCCCGGCAUGGGCAGUUUGCAGAGGUGCCAAAGCAGAUGUGGUGUUCCUCAUCGACGGCUCCUGGAGCAUCGGCGAGGACAGCUUCACCAAAGUCGUGCACUUUGUCUCCGGCAUGAUUUCUGCCUUCGAUGUCGUUGGACCGUCAGGGAUGCAGGUGUCCUUCGUUCAGUACAGCGACGACGCAAAGACCGAGUUCAGGCUGAACGCUUAUAAAGACAAAGGCAUCGCCAUGUCUGCACUUCACCUCAUCCGCUACAAGGGAGGAAACACCAAGACAGGAGUGGCGCUAAAACACACCUAUGAGAAGGCCUUUUCUAUUGCGAAUGGGAUGAGGAGAAACGUCCCCAAGGUGGUCGUCACGAUCACAGACGGACGCUCUCAGGACGAGGUGAAGAAGAACGCCGCCAAGCUGCAGCACGCAGGUUACAGCGUUUUUGCCAUCGGCGUCGCCGACGUGGACUUCGUGGAGCUGCAGGAGAUCGGCAGCAAACCCAGCGACAGACACGUCUUCGUCGUGGACGACUUUGACGCUUUCGACACCAUCAAAGAAAACCUGAUUACCUUCAUUUGUGAAACCGCAACUUCCUCGUGUCCGCUGAUCUUCCUGAAUGGAUUUACGUCACCUGGCUUCCGGAUGCUGGAGGCGUUCAACCUGACGGAGAAGACCUACGGCUACGUUAAAGGCGUCUCCAUGGAGCCGGGCUCCUUCAACAGCUACACGGCGUACAGACUCCACAAGAACGCCUUCCUGACUCAGCCCACAACAGAGAUCCACCCUGACGGUCUCCCCCACGCCUACACCAUCAUCCUGAUGUUCCGCCUCCUGCCCGACUCGCCCAGCGAGCCCUUCGACAUCUGGCAGGUGUCAAGCAAAGACCACAAGCCAGAGACCGGCGUCACCAUCAACCCCUCCAGACAGACGGUGUCCUUCUACAACAAAGACACCAGCGGGGAGAUCCAGAGGGUCACGUUCGACAACGAUCGAGUGAAGAGGAUCUUCCACGGCAGCUUCCACAAGCUCCAUAUCCUGGUUUCAUCCACCGGAGUCAAACUCAACAUCGACUGCCAAGAAGUGGCCGACAAGGAGAUCAAGGAGGCUGGAAACACGUCCAGCGACAGCUACCAGGUUCUGGGCAAGAUGUCCAAGUCCGUCGGCUCCAAAGGACAAUCAGCAACUUUCCAGCUCCAGAUGUUCGAUAUUGUCUGCAGCUUGGGCUGGACCAGCAGGGACAGAUGUUGUGACCUCCCGUCUAUGAGAGAUGAGCUGAAGUGUCCGUCUCUUCCCAACUCCUGCACCUGUACGUCAGCCGGCACCGGGCUGCCAGGAACUCAGGGACCCGUGGGCGCGCCCGGCAGCAAAGGUCCCCGAGGUGAAAGAGGAGAGGCCGGUCCAGUCGGACCGAUCGGCCCGCGGGGAGAUAACGGACCACCUGGACCCAUGGGUCUGCCCGGCCCACAAGGACCCAGCGGCCUGUCGAUUCCCGGAGAGGCGGGCCGCCCCGGACCAAAAGGAGAACCCGGCGACUCGGGCUUACCGGGACAGAAAGGUUCACCUGGACCUCGAGGUUCUGCCGGCCCCAUCGGACCAGCUGGAGUCAGGGGCCCUCAAGGAAAGGAAGGAACAGCAGGACCCAGAGGCCCCGCAGGGCCCAUGGGACCUCCAGGAUCUCCCGGAGCAUCAGGUGGUGCAGGAAAACCAGGAAACCCCGGAGACUCUGGGACUCCUGGCGCUGUCGGUCCAAAGGGAGACAAAGGAGAGAGAGGCGACUUUGCUCCUCAGAACAUGAUGCGAUCGAUCGCCAGACAAGUGUGUGAGCAGCUAGUGACCGCACAAAUGACUCGCGUCAACACGUUACUGAACCAGAUCCCCAACGGCAUGCAGCGCAGCAACAGCCCGGGCCCUGCUGGGCCGCCCGGAACCAGCGGCAGGCAGGGACCCCGCGGAGAGCCCGGCGCCGCGGGAAGGAACGGUUUCCCCGGAACUCCAGGUUCACAAGGCCAGCAGGGAGAGAGAGGUCCUGCAGGAGAGAAAGGCGAGCGAGGAACGUCAGGAGUCGGACAGAAAGGACUGAGAGGACCUGCUGGUCCACCAGGAGAAAGCAGGACAGGAUCCACCGGUCCUCCGGGCUCCGGCGGACCUCGCGGUCCCCCCGGACGUCCAGGAUACGCCGGAGUCCGCGGGCCCCCCGGACCCUCCGGAUACUGUGACUCCUCUCAGUGCGUCGGUAUUCCUUACAACGGGCAGGGAUACGGAGGUUAGACUUUCUAUUCCGCCUGUGCUGCUUUCACUGACAUCCUGAAAAAAAACAAAGUCCUGUAACUGAAACACUUGCUCACACGCUCUAGAGCUGUUUAGACGGAUAACCGCCGAAGGAAACCAUUAACAAACAACAACACGACAACAAAGAGGGAAACUAACAACGACUCACAGCCAGUAGAACAAAAGCACCGCCACCGCCACCGCCGGCAGCGGCAGCAGCAGCAGCAGCAGCGGUGACGGCACCGACCCGUUUAGUGGCACCGACCCGUUUAGUGGCCUGUUUGCAUCUUGAAGACCAGACACAGAACCGUUGUGUUCAGUGGAGGAGCAUGCACCCAGCAACAACAACAACAACAACAACAACAACAACAAACACAUACUAACAACAGAGACGCUGUGCAGCAUCACCAGCAACAACAACAGCAGCAGCAGCAGCAGCUCUGUUAACAACAUCUCUCCUCACGUCACCUGUAAAUAAACUAAUGUGUGCCUUGUAAAUGAUGUUUGAAUCAAGUCCACUAAAUUUAGUUUUUAACAUCUGUAGUUUUGAAGCUUGUGCCUUGCGAACCAACAACCUGCUGCUUGCUGAAUGCCAACAACAACGCCUCUUUUUAAUGUACUGGUUUUUAUUUUUCCUGCCGAUGUGUGUUAGUAGCUGUUUUAAACUGCUCAGGGCCAAACCGAAUCACUUCUACACAUGUGACCCCGGACAGUUAGAUUAGACCACUCCAUCUUCACUCCCCAAACCAGCUAUACUGUAUCUGUAUGUUCUAUCAAAUACUAACAAUGCAAUCCCACAGAAGUUUCUGCAGGCUGGUGGUAGAAGAACUUGAAUUUUAGAUAGAAAUGUUUUGUUGUUUUAUUUUGUAAAUGAGUUGUAGAGAAAGGAUAGCGUUGAGAGACUAACACCUGAACUUCUAACAUCAAUGAAAAGGGAAAACAGCACUGAGAUGAUCAGCAGGAGCGUGUCCAACCUGAUCCCCCCCACACACACACACACACUAAAGCUCACAGCUGAUUGGUUAAUUAGUUAAUUAGUCAAUCAUCAAAGUUGAAAUCUAUUCCUUAUUUAGCUUUCUUUUAGCAUCAAUAAUUAAAAAAUCUAUUUAAAUAUAUUAUGAAAUCUUAUCCUGAUUGUAAGUUAUUAAUAACCUCACAAAAAAACGCAAUCAAAAUCUUUCUAUAGACAUUUAAUCCUGAGAAAGACGAGACUAACUAGUGACAGAAUGACGGCGUAUUAGGGGCCAUUGUAAAUUAAAAAAAAAAAAAAAGAAAAAGAAAAUGACGGAUAGACGAAUAGAGAUUAAAGUCGUAAAUUUACAAGAAAAAAAAAAUGAAAUCAGGAUGUCGUCUUCUUCUUAAUUGGCCCAAUUCACCGCCAUGACUCUUCAAAGUCCAGAUGCUGAUGAUAAUCUGGUGAUUCUGGUCUAAAAUCACGGGUAUUUUCUGAUUGAUCAAUCUGAUUACAGUGUUUAAUUUGAUGAGGUCAUCCGCUAGAGGCUGCGGCGGCGGCGUCUCUGGUUUGAUGAGGAUGACUCAACCUUACAAAGUGAAGCGACAAAAAAAACACAUUUUCCAAGGUUUUUUUCUUCAUUUUUUUCUUCUUUAAUCUUAGAGCAUUUCAUAUUUAUUUCUCGCAAAUUUUUGAGUUAAUAAUCUCAGAGAAUAUUUGGUACAAUUAUGAGAAAAAAAAUCUAAAAAUUACGAGAAAAAAAAAACUCACCUUAAUCUCGGAUACAAAUUUCAGAAAUGUACCACCCCUGCACAGUUAUCAUGUAUUUAUUUAUUUUUUACAAACAAUGGCCCUGAUACGCCGUCUUAAGUAAGAGAUGUACAAUUGACUGUUUAAUUAAAAAGGAGAACGUAAUGUAUGAUAUCAUAUAUGUACAAUAUAAUCACAAUUUUAUCAUUCAAAGAUUCUUUAUAAAGCGAAGAUGCUGUACCACCAAAGGUUGUGGCUUGAUAGCAUUCAAUCCUCAUUAAAUCUAAUUAGCUUUCAACAUUUGACGAUAACUAAAGUCAUAAAUAACUAAAAAAGGCAAAGAUCUGUGAUCAUCUUUUGUUGUCUGGGAAGGCCGAAACUGUUUGAGCGUCAAAUACAUUUUUACAAAAAAUGUGAACUACACUGCAUAAUAUAUGAAAUAUUAAGUUUCUCACACGUGAAAAUAAUAGUUGUAGCCUGCUAAAUAAAAUGACUUUAUCAAGUAACUGAUCAAAGUUGUUGCCGUCGAUGGACUUAUUGCCUCUAGUUAGAUUUACACAUGUUGGUGCAUCAGCAUGCAGUUAAAUGCAGAAACGGUUUAAAAUACAGAUAAAUGAACAAACCUCCUACUGUAGUUCCUCCACCAAUUGAUUUAGGAACAAGGUAUCUCAGCCAAACUAAUGUUGAUAGCUUCAUUUGUUAGUUUUUUAUGGUCCACAAUAAUUGCUUCUUCCUGUUUUAGAAGACAUUUGUAAAUUAGUGGGUGAACAAUUGGAUUAAAUUGGAGUGAAACAGCUGCUGUAUGACGAGACAAACCUCCCCAAGCAUCCAGAGGACACGCCCCUGCUGCUCACUAACCAUCUGUAUCGGUGCUUUAGCCAGCAGUCACGUAGAUAAACAACAUUUCAGCCCGUUCUUUUUGUGCAUGUUGAGACAAACUGAGAAACUUAAUGCUCAAAUGGCCCAAACGAUAUCUCCCGAGCAGGCCAAUAUCCACCUGACCCCGACACCCGGGUAGUCCCGGACCCCGAGGAGGACGAGCUGUCGCAAAACCAGCGUCGAAAGAGAUCGCUAUCAAGGAAGGCCUCCGACAGGCUAUCAUCAUAAGACACACCAUGUUCUCUGUUUCUUUAUUUUUCUUGUUCAACCUGUGUUUGGAUUUAUGCACAUUAUUACACGCAACAACAACAACAACAAAAAAACGGGGUUUGACAUCUCGACUUUAUUGGAAAACACCUUUAAAUGCCUUAAAACGUAUGUGAAUAUUCAUUUUUGUGGCAGGUGAAGGGUUGAGACGGAGGGGAGGGAGUUCGGAAGAAAAAAAACAUGUUAAGAAUCCAUAAAAAAACAAACCUGUGAGCUUUCUUAUUCCAACUUGUGUCUUUUUGCUUGUAACAUAUUUGCAUCCAGUUUGUAUUAACUAGCAGUGUUGAACAGUGCACCCGUUGUAACAAAGAUAAAGAAAGACAAUGUUUGUUCACAGAGUCGGGACACCACAGUUCAUCCAGUAUAAUCCUUCUCAUUCAGUCUCAUUAUGGCAGUUAAACACAGCUUUCAUUUUGUAUCUCUAAACUUGAUAUUUAUCAGUUUUCCUUUUAUUCCGUCACAGCUAAUUUUAACAAAGUAAAGGUGGAAUUGCAUGUCUGUGGUGUAUAUUUAGUACAUGUUUUUUGUUACAUUUUGUUUUAACCAGAAUAUAGUUGUUGUCAUUCUUGUCAUUCUCUCAGUAUCGAAUGCAGUCGAAGACUAUGGAAGUGGUAUUGCUGCUUCAUGUUUGAACUGCAGAUUGUGAAUUCCACAGCCUUAUUUUCUUAUUUAUUUCUGAAAACAGAAGAGGCAUUUUUCAAUAAAACUACUGAAAAUUUA